AUGAGGGGAAGGAGCUACACUCCAUCACCACCAAGAGGUGGAUAUGGAAGGAGAGGCCGGAGCCCUAGUCCCAGGGGCCGAUAUGGUGGAGGUCGUGACAGAGAUCUCCCAACCAGUCUUUUGGUUCGCAACCUUCGUCAUGAUUGCAGGCAAGAGGAUCUUAGGAGGCCAUUUGAGCAAUUCGGUCCUCUCAAGGACAUCUACCUUCCAAGGGACUAUUAUACUGGAGAUCCACGGGGGUUUGGUUUCAUUCAAUAUGUAGACCCUGCUGAUGCUGUUGAAGCAAAACAUCACAUGGAUGGUUAUCUUCUUCUUGGUCGUGAGUUGACUGUCGUGUUUGCCGAGGAAAACCGUAAGAAGCCAACUGAAAUGAGAACAAGGGAUCGCGGUGAUCGCGGUGGAAGGAGCAGCAACAGAUUCAAUGACAGAAGACGUUCUCCUCCUCGGUACUCUCGUUCUCCUCCUCCUCGCCGUGGUGGUAGAACGCGAUCACGUAGCCGCGAGUAUAACUCUCCUCCCCCUAAAAGACAUCAAUCUAGGUCUGUGUCACCUCAGGAUAGACGAUACGAGAAGGAGAGGUCAUACUCUCGCUCACCACCGCCUAAUGGCUCAAGGGUUCGCAGUGGAAGUCCUGUAAAGGUGAAGAGCGGGAGCAGGAGCCGGAGCCCAAGAAGAAGCGUGAGCCCAAGAAGAAACAGGAGCUACACGCCUGAACCAGCCAGGAGCCCUAUCCCUAGGCAGAGCAGGAGCCGGAGCCCAAGCCCUCGUGGAGAACGAAACGGAGACCGUUCUCCAAGCCAGUGA